AUGAAUGCAGCAGAAAGCUCAGCGAUUUUAGUAUUUCUAUGCCUUUUUCUUAUCUACAGUGCAAUAACAGUAUUAUGUGGCUUCAGAGCGGUCAGGCUUCAUAAGUUCUCAUCUGAGUGAAGACAUACUAAGUUUUUCUAUCUUACAGUGCUUUCUCAAGCUUUAUUGCGAGCUAUUUGCUUCUUGGUGAUUCUUACAAAUAUUGGAAACAUUGAUGAUAAAGGAAUUUAUUUGUUACUCUCAGUUCCUGACUCUUUGUUCGUUGUGAGUUAUUUGAUGCUUACUUGGCAAACUCUAACAGUCUUUUACUAUGCUCACCAUUCUCAAUUAAGAUCUUCUUUUUUGGCGAAACUAGCAAAAAGGCCAACACAUAGCUUUGCAAGCGCAAUGCUUGUAACUCUACUAAUACUGUGGCUAUUUGCUCAAAGCUUACUUUAUCUAUUGAUGAUAGCUAAUAUUAUAACUGAGACAAAUAUUUCAACUGAAAUAGGGCUGGUGAAUUUUAUUCUACCUGUUUUUGUAAUAGGAAGCAUGAUAUAUCUACAGAUCAAAUACUCAGGAAUGCCUGCCAGAUCCUUAAUAUGAAAAUCCAGACUGAAGAAAAUCAACUGUGUGACUAUAUUUUGAUCAAUUGCAAGAUUUGCUGGAGGAGUUGACAACAUUUUAGCUGAAUACUCAGAGCCAAGUAUUAGUUCAAACAUUACAAAUAGAACUGACCAUGCUAUGGAUACUGCUGCAGCUGCUUUAAUGAUUCUUUCUUUAAUAAUUAGCGAAGUUAUAUGCAUGAUUUUGGUACUGGAUUUCAGUUUUAUUGGAAUUUUUUUAUUUUCUGAAGAAGAUGACCAGCAGAGCUUAAUGGAUCGAAGCCCUUCUGUGCAGCAAACCCGUUCAAGUGGGUCUUCAGAAAGAGAUGACUAUACAACGUUCAGUAUGAUCAUUACUAAUAUGAUGAUGACAAUGGAUGAUUUAGAAAUCAAAGAAGAAAUGCCUAGCAGGAAAAACGGCUUUGGCAAACUUUAUAAGGCCAGCUAUAAAGGCAUGCCUGUUGUGUUGAGAAAAAUCAUCUUUAAAAGAUUGAGUGGCUACGUGUUGGAAGAAUUCACAGCAGAAAUCGAUUCUUAUCAAAAUUUAGUAAGCAAUAAAAUUAUUCCAAUUGUAGGGGUGAUUUUGGAUCUUCCAACAGUAGGCAUUGUAUCACCUUACAUUAAUGGAGGAUCUUUAUAUAAAGCUCUUCAUGUGGAAAAGGCAGGGUUUACAAAGCAGGAAAAAUAUCAUAUUGCGCUUGAGCUUGCAUCUUGUUUAGAAACAGUUCAUGCCCAGGGCAAAGUGCAUGGCCAUCUGAGCUCAGAAAAUAUUUUGCUUAACGAUGAAGGAGUUGCCUUGAUUUCUGACUUAGGAUUUCAGAAAAUGAAAAAAUAUGCAGGAAUUAUUUUUGGAUAUACAAAUAAGUCAGGAUGGAGCUCUCCUGAGAUCUUGCAAGAAAAAAGACUUACGCCUUUAAAAGUCGUGCCGAGUGAUGAUAUUUAUAGCUUUGGGAUGGUUUUAUGAGAAUUAAUGACAGGACAAGAGCCCUUUCCAGGCUACUCAAGUCAGCAGUUAUAUCAGCAUGUGGUAGUUGAUAAUUACCGGCCUAUGAUCCCAGCUGAAAUCCCAGAAGCACUGCGGAGUUUAAUUAUUUCGUGCUGGAAUAAAGAGCCAGCUAACAGACCUUCAAUGCAACUUAUAGCUAGAACAUUAACCCGUUUAAUUAAUGAACAAUAA